GUCGGCUCCGGGCUCCCAGCGCCGGGUCCCGGGCGCAGAGCGCAGGAUGCAGUGUCUGAGCGCCGAGAACCCGGUUUCUGCAGAGAGAACAUGCAAGCAAAGAGAGUGGAGGCCUCAGAUUUAUAGGAAAUGCACGGACACAACAUGGUUAUUCCUGUUCUUUCUCUUUUGUACUGGUUUGAUGUUCCUCAUGGGCUACUCGGUGGUGACUGGAGCCACCGGAAGACUCCUCUUUGGCUACGACAGCUUUGGCAACGUGUGUGGCAAGAAGAACAACCCAGUAGACGGGGCUCCUCUUUCAGGCCAGGACAUGACCCUAAAAAAACAUGUAUUCUUUAUGAAUUCCUGCAACCUGGACAUCAAAGACAUGAGGCUCAGUUCCACUGUCCUUUGUGUAUCCAGGUGUCCUGAGGAGCAGCUCAACACACUGGAAGAGGUCCAGCUCUUUGCCAACAGCAGUGGGUCUCACCUGUGUGUUUAUAGUUUGAAUUCCUUCAACUACACCCAGAAUCCAAAAGCACACUCAUUGUGCCCGAAACUACCAGUUCCUCCAAGCAAGUCUUUCCCCUUGUUUAACCGCUGCAUCCCUCAAACACCAGAGUGCUAUUCUGUGUUUGCAUCUGUCUUGAUAAAUGAUGUGGACACCCUCCAUCAGAUUCUAAGUGGAAUCAUGUCAGCAAGAGACACAAUCCUCGGCCUCUGUAUCUUCGCAUUAGCCCUGUCUUUGGCCAUGAUGUUCACCUUUCGAUUCAUCACCACUCUUCUGGUUCACAUUUUCAUUGCACUGGUUAUUUUGGGAUUGUUGUUUGUCUGCGGUGUGCUCUGGUGGCUGUAUUACGACUACACCAAUGACCUCAGCAUAGAGCUGGACACAGAAAGGGAAAAUAUGAAGUGUCUGCUGGGCUUUGCACUUGUGUCUACAGUUAUCAUGGCAGUUCUGCUCGUCUUGAUUUUCGUCCUCAGAAAGAGAAUAAAAUUGACAGUGGAACUUUUCCAAGUCACAAGUAAAGCCAUCAGCAGCUCUCCUUUCCUGCUAUUCCAGCCGAUGUGGACUUUUGCCAUCCUUACUCUUUUCUGGGCCCUCUGGGUGGCUGUGCUGCUGAGCCUGGGGACUGCAGGAACUGCCCAGGUUAUCGAAGGUGGCCAUGUGGAGUAUGAGCCGCUCUCGGGCAUUCGGUUUAUGUGGUGGUACCAUUUAAUUGGCCUCAUCUGGACGAGUGAAUUCAUCCUGGCAUGUCAGCAAAUGACUGUAGCUGGGGCAGUUGCCAAUUGUUAUUUCAACAGAAAUAAAAGUGACCCUCCUGAUCACCCAAUCCUUUCAUCCCUCUCCAUUCUCUUUUUCUACCAUCAAGGAACAGUUGUUAAAGGCUCAUUUUUAAUCACUGUGAUGAGGAUUCCAAGAACCAUUCUCUUGUUCAUUUAUAACAGCCUGAAAGACAAGCGUCAUGCAUGGUCGAGGUGUGUGUUCAGAUGCUGCUUCUGCUGUUUCUGGUGUCUUGACAAAUGCCUGCAUCGUCUCAACCAGAAUGCAUACACUACAACUGCCAUUAAUGGGACAGAUUUUUGCACAUCAGCAAAAGAUGCAUUCAAGCUCUUAUCCAAGAAUUCAAGUCAUUUGACAUCUGUUAAUUGCUUUGGAGACUUCAUAAUUUUUCUAGGAAAGGUGCUGGUGGUGUGCUUCACUGUUUUCGGAGGGCUGAUGGCCUUCAACUACAACCGUGUGCUCCAGGUGUGGGCGAUCCCACUACUCUUGGUUGCUUUUUUUGCCUACUUAGUAGCCCAUAGCUUUUUAUCUGUGUUUGAAACUGUGCUGGACGCACUUUUUUUAUGUUUUGCUGUUGACUUGGAAACAAAUGAUGGAUCAUCGGAAAAGCCCUACUUUAUGGACCAAGAGUUUUUGAGUUUCAUAAAAAGGAUCCACAAAUUAAAUGGUGUAGGGGCACAGAAAGACAAGAACCCAUCAAAGGAAGAGGGCACAGAACUCCGGCCGAUUAUGAGUUAGGAAUAUAUCAGACAUUUGUGCCUGGAAACAGCAUCUUUCAAGAGUCAUUCACAGAAUAAAUAAGGCCCAAAGGACCCUAUUCUUCAUUAUUUGUCAUUACUGUCUGAUCAUGUUACAAAUUAGAACGAUUUAAGUCUACAACCUUUUUCUACCAACUAGGAUAGAAAACCUUUUGAGGUCAUGUUUAUAUGCAUUAAUUAAAAAGCACUCUAUGUGAAAAAUCAUUUCAGGGCACCAAUGAAAAGCACACUCCUACUCACAGCCAAUAAAUCAACAUUUCUCAGCAGAAAUCUCUGGAAUGUUAAUACAGAGGACUUUUCCCUGCUCAUCCAGUCAUGGAAUUAUGCAUAACAUGUCAAAAUACAAUUCUUAGUGACAAUAAAAACCAAAAGUUUAACCAGAAUGACACUGAUAGGCAUCGUAUAAAACAGAGUUUAACCAGAUAGGAGUUCAAUUUGUUAAAAGUACAGGUCCACCUCUUACAAAUUCACAAACAAUUCUGGAGAAGUGUUUUUCCACCAUCCCCAGAGAUUUAAAAAGUUUAAAACUUCUUAGAAUUUUAAAAAUAUUGGGACAUUUAACAUGUUGAUUGGCAGUCUCUUCAGUUAGAUGAGUGGGUAAACCAAAUCACCUACUCACCUAACAGAAGUGUGGAUCUGGUUUAAUUUGCCUGUGCAAGUAGUGCAAUAGAUCCCUCUUCAAAGAUAGCGAGAAGCAACAUGUCAACUUAGGUUUCCUUAACAAAUAUAAAUUGUGACUCUUUUCUUUUUUUUUUUUUAAAUAAUAAAUUUUAUUUUUAUAUUCCCCAUACAAUUGCAACCCCCCUGUGACUCUUUUCUUAAACUGCACCAUUGAAUUAGUUCAGCUGACAAUCUUCUUUAUGUAAGGGUGUAGGGUAAGUAGAAAUUGUCAGGAUUUUUCACCCUCCCGCCAUUGGUGUCUAAGAUCCACACUUGUGGGCUUACAUGUGUACCUGUUGGCAGACACCUGGAGUAAGGCAUGGGCAUCAUAAGUGGGCGCACCUGGGCUGAGAGGCUGGGCAUAUAAAGGUGGCGUCACGGGGAUGCCAGCAGCAGCAAGGAAGAUGCCAUGGGACAGUGCAGAGAGCACAGAAUGAGUGAAGAUUUGCUGGGGGGCUCAUUGGCAGGCAGGUUCCUAGGCCCCCGACCCCCUGCCUGUCGUGCACCUGGUUUCUGCACUACAAAUGAUGUGAAAAUCUCAAUAAAAGCCUGAAAAAGCCACCGAGGGUUCCAGGACUCUCCUUAACCUGUCUGCCUGGAUCACAGAGAAUCUGCUCUCUCUCUGUGCCUUGCUGGCACUACAA